UUUGUAAGGGGAAGGAGGACGGGGUUUUCAGUGACCAGCACCUCGAUAACCUGGAGAGGAGCUGCAGCCCGGACCAGGAGGAACCAGGGCAUCCACAGACUGUAGAACUGGAGGAAGACUCCAGUCGUCAGGCGUAGACGUAGAGGUGGAUGUCUCAUUGGUCAAUGUCGCUGAUGUGAAAGUUGGUGAACCAGGACCAAACUGUGGCCAGCUGCUGUUGCACACUUCUCCUGAAGCUCAAAACAAAGAUGAGGAAGGGACUGAAAGUUUACGCUCAGAAUCCAGUAAAACUGCAGAUCCGGAGCCAAUGGGACGACACGGUGACCACGAAUAUGCUGCUGUCCCGUCAGACAGCAACUGUAAAUCAAAGCUGACCAGGACCCACACGGGGAAGAAGGUGUUUUCUUGCAGAACCUGCAGGACAGAGUUCAGUAAAAGUAGUAUUUUAAUGGAUCACAUGAAGAUCCACACUUGUGAAAGGCUAUACCUGUGCAACACCUGCGGAAAAUCGUUUACUAAAUCAUCAAAUCUUAAACGCCACAUAAUCACACACAGGGGUGAGAAGCCCUACAUCUGCAAAACAUGUGGAAAAACUUACACAGAACGUUCCAACCUGGUGGUUCACUCGAGGAUCCACACUGGCGAAAGGCCGUACAUGUGCAACACCUGCGGAAAAUCGUUUACUAAAUCAUCAAAUCUUAAAAGCCACAUAACCACGCACACGGGCGAGAAGCCCUACAUCUGCAAAACAUGUGGAAAAAGUUACAGGCUACGUUCCCAGCUAGUGAUUCACUCGAGGACCCACACUGGCGAAAGGCCGUACCUGUGCAACACCUGCAGCAAAACCUUUACUAAUUUAUCAGAUCUUAAACGCCACAUAACCAUGCACACGGUCGAGAAGCCCUACAUCUGCAAAACAUGUGGAAAGAGUUACAGGAUACGUUCCUACCUGGUGGCUCACUCGAGGAUACACACCGGUGAAAGGCCGUUCGUGUGCAACACCUGCGGAAAAACCUUUAUUAAAUCAUCAAACCUUAAAAGCCACAUAACCACGCACACGGGCGAGAAGCCCUACAUCUGCAAAACAUGUGGAAAAAGUUACAGGCUACGUUCACACCUAGUGACUCACUCGAGGAUCCACACCGGCGAAAGGCCGUACUUGUGCAACACCUGUGGAAAAACCUUUACGGGAUCAUCAGUUCUUAAACGGCACAUAACCACGCACACGGGAGAGAAGCCCUACAUCUGCAAAACAUGUGGAAAAAGUUACAGGCUACGUUCCCAACUAGUGAUUCACUCGAGGAUCCACACCGGCGAAAGGCCGUACCUGUGCAACACCUGCGGAAAAACCUUUACUGAAUCAUCACAUCUUAAACGGCACAUAUUCACCCACACGGGGAGAAGCUAUAUUAGUGCAAGACGUGCAACAACGGUUUUAGCCGCAGAAUUGAUUUGCUGAGUCACAUGAAAAAUCACCCGGAGGAGAAGUCUGGUGACUCGUGACAAAUGAAGCUCAUGUUGUCGUCCUCCGGGGGCAGCUGUCCACUCCUGUCUGACCCACAGAAGAAGAACCCGCAGAAGUCCAACCACCACCUCCUGUGGCUGAUGAGCCUAAUCCCCUCCCCACAAGGGUUGCAGCUUCAACCCGGAUUUAUGCUUCUCCGUCAACUUGACGCAGAGGGAACGAUGUGGUGGUGUACUUUUUUUUUUUUUAAUUCUGCAUUGAGUUUGUUUGAAUCCCUGUUCCUUCUUAAAAUCGUAUUAUUUGUUGCUGUUGGUAACUUGUCGUCUCCACGGUGCAAAUAAAGAGCUGUUAGU